UGCAGAACAUUCAGCAGGUGGCACUGAGUGCUGUGUUGUUUUUCUGGGUGUUUUGUGUGAUUUCUCGUCGGAUGAUUUUCACGAUUUUCGCGAGAUUUUCUCCAAUUUCUCGCCAUGUCGGACAAUAAGAGCAAGGCUGAGAAGCUUGCCGAUGGAAGGAAAAAGCUCAAGAAGUUCCAGUCGAAGCAGAAGAAGCCAAAAGCAGACGAUGACAGAGGGGGAAAUGAGCAAAUAACCCCAUCGGAAAAUGGUUCUGAAGAUCAAGUAUCCAUCAGUAGUGUUCCGGAAGUUUUUCCAUCAGCUUCGGCAAUUUUCCUGGCAAAUGACACCCAUGGGGCAUCAGUGGACUUUCAGGGAGAUAUUUUGGGUGAGAAGAGUGUCUUAGUUGAAGAAAUGGUGCCUCAAGAGCCUCUUCCGGAAGUCACAGGUAAAAUUGCUGAAAUGCCCCAGAAUUUGAGUGUUGUGAUGAGACCAGAACCACGGAGGACACCUCCGCAUCGGGAGAGUCUCAAGGAUGAGCUAUUUACCUUGCUUGACAGUGAGAAAUCGCGAAUUGUUGAGUUAGAGGGUCGUGUAAGGGAGCAAUCGGAAGUGAUUGAGGGGCUGAAAAAGCAGAUUGAAGUUCUCAGAACAGCUCCUACAGCCCCAUCGGAUGAAGUAGCCCAUCUUAGAGAACAGCUGCAUUCCCAUGUGCAGACUCUGGGUGUUCUUGUGGGCGAGAAGGCAGAUUUAACGGCUCAAUUGGGCAGUUUUCAGGUUCUUUUGACAGAAAAAGACCGAGAAAUCGAGGAGCUUCAGGCAAAAUUGAGUGCAUCCCGGCAUCAGGUGCAGGAUUCCCGGGCAGAGAUGGCCUAUUUGAGGGAAUCAAUGCAGAAGUUUGAGCAGAUGCAGCAGAAUCUCUGCUCAGAAAAUGAAAAUGCGAGGGAAAAAGUGAAAUUCUUAAAGGACAAAUGCGAAGAUUUGUCCGAAGAAGUUGCUCAGGUCAAUCAGAAGCUUCUGCUGAAGACCAGAGAGUGCUCAAAGCUCGUUGAAGAGGCCAAAAAGCGUGAUUCCGAACUGUCUCUCGCUCAGCUUCGUGUUGAGCAAUUGUCAGCCGGAGAUACCCAAUUGGCUGAUGGGAAAAUCGAGGGAAUGGCACAGCAGAGGCAGCUGCUGGAGCAGCAUGUGGGAGAAUUGUUGACACAAGUGGAAAAGAUCACGGUGGAACGAGAUCAAGCGGCAAGUCAGUAUCAGAAUUACGUGUCACAGCUCAACAGGGAGAGCACAAAGUUGAUGCAGAAGGUGCAGGAGACGUCUCAGGAGAGGGAUCAGUUGGCACGGAGGGAGGCUGAAUUGGUGAAGCAUGUGGGAGAGCUCGAGAGGCAGCUUCAGGCUCAAAUAGCUCAGCCAAAGGCGCAGAGUCCUCAGCAGGAAGUGCAAAAUGACGAAAGUGGGCAGAAGAUUCAGGAACUGGAGAAUUACUUGAGGGAGCUGCGUUUGGAGAAUCAAAAUCUCAAGGCAUCCCUCUCCAAGGCUGAGGAGAGUUGCUUGAGAGUUCAGAGUCAGCUGGAGCAGAAGGUGACAUCAAUGUCUGAGUUGGAGAUGAAGAUUGAGCGCCUGGAGACAUCGUACGUUGAUCCAUCUUCCCUGAGUGCGACCCUGGAGAGCGAGAAAGUGGCUGCUGCUCGUGCUGUGGCUCAGAAUGUGGAGCUGAAGGCGCAGCUGGAAGAGAUGCAGACGGCCUACGUGCAAAUGACGCACGAUAAGGCUGCCCUGAUGGAUCAGUUGCAGUCGGAGCAGCACCUGGGCAGGGAGAUGAGAGGGAAACUGGAUGGAUGGGAGGACGAGGUGGGUGGAUUGAGGGAGAAGCUGCACUACAAGGAUGAGGAGAUGAUGAGGCUGUCGCAUGAGAAUUCGGAGUUGGAGAAGAAGACACUGCUGCAGAGUCAGGAGCUGGAUCGGCUGAGGCAUUGUGAGAUGGGCCAGCAGACCAGCAAUGUGCUCCAAAUGGAGGUUCAGCGGCUGAUGGGAGAGAUUGGGAGGCUGGAAGAGAGGAUCAGGAAGUACGAGGAGAAGAAAGAGAAGAAAGAGGAAGUUCAGGAGGAGAAGGAAGAUGGGCAAGUUCAGGAAGUUUUAGAGAAUGGGCAGAAGGAGAAGGAGGACGGUGAGGUGGAGGCAAAGAUUCUGCCAACAGAAGAGGCCAUGCAGAAGCUGGAAGAGCGCUUCCGGAGGACAAUGAAUGAUAUUGCGGAGUUGACGGAGGAAAAGCACAGACUUGAGCAUCUCGUGACUCAGCUUCAGGGUGAGACGGAGACAAUAGGGGAGUACGUGACUCUGUAUCAGACUCAGAGGCAAUUGCUGAAGCAGCGGGAGAUCGAGAAGGAUGUCCAGGUGCAGAGAAUUGCAGCGGAUAGGGAAGAGAUGAGGCAGAAGCUCAUUGAGCUGAAUAGUUUGGUGGAAUUGCUGCUGCGACAGAAGAAUAUUGACAUUCCCACAGAGCUCAGUGGCUCUCUGAAUGGUGAUUCCCAGGAUGAGGACCUGGUGAAACCCGCUUCCGGAAGUCCAGAGAAUGACAAUCAAAAAGUUCAGAGUGAAACACUUCAAGUGCCACAAGAUGGACAGUCUGAGGAGACGGCAGAACGGAUUCUCAGUCUCCUGUCGGAAAUAAAAACCAGUAAUCUGAACACGACUAAUCUCGUGGUGCCUCCGGGAGUUGUUCAUCAUUGCUCCUGCUGUUCCGGAAAAUUAAUAACUGUGUAGAUGGGUCGGGUUUCGCUUAAUUUAUUCGCUUAAAGCAAGUCACUACUCCCAAAUAAACGUGCUGUAUUUUUUAUCACGA